AUGGUCGACGCCGCGCUCGAACGAGCGCGCUCGCUGAGUUGCUGGGCGGCCGGCGUUCGUAUCGUCCCGACGACCGAGGUGGAGGCCGAGCUUGGCCUCGGCACGGGCCGCACCAACCGCAACUUUGUCGCCACUGCAGCAGACGGGGAGCGCUUCUUUGUGCGGAUCGGGGUCGACCUGCCACCGUGGGGCGUGACGCGGCGGAAAGAGCAGGCUGCUGCGAUCGCGGCUGCGGCGUCCGGCAUCGGCGCAGCUGUCCACCACGCGGAGCUGCCAGACGCUCUCGUGUGCGCCUUCGUGGACGGGCGCGCGCUCACCGAGCAGCAGGUGCAUGCGGCCGCGAGCGGCGCUGACGAGCAGCUGCUGCACGCGCUCGCCGCGGCCGUCCGCACGCUGCACGCCACGCCGCUGCCAGCCGAGCUCCUCCAGGUUGCGCCGCCAGGUCCGCCGCGCUGGGCGCCGCCCGACCUGGCUCGCUGGAUCAGCUAUGCUCGCGAGGGCGGCUUCUCGCGGGUGCCGCUGCUGGAGGAGUGCGACUCGGUCAUCGCUCGCGCCGAGGCUUUUGUCGAGGCUGGCUGGCCGGCAGAGCCCCCCGUCUUUUGCCACUUUGACCUGCUCUGCGACAACUUCGUCGUGCGGGACGUGCCAGGAGGCGGCGGCUGGCGGGUGUUCGUCGUCGACUUCGAGUACGCCAACGCGGGUCAGCCGCUGAUGGACCUCGCCGUCUUGUCGAUGGGUUGCGCGCUGUCGGCCGGCGAGGAGCGGCGCCUCGUCGCCAGCUACCUGCAGAGGCCGCGCAUCGACGACCACGAGGCGGCCCGCUUCGGAGCGCUGAAGAUGCUCGCCUGCCUGAGGGAGACCUUUUGGGGCGUCGUGGCGGAGGUGAGCCGGGCGUCGGCGCUGAGCGACGAGGCGGCGGCGGCGUACGUGGACGAGCAGUAUGCAAAGUACGUCGCGGCACGCGCCGAGUGGGAGGCGUGGAUGCGGAAUGGGGAGGGAUCGCAGGCACUGCGAGCCUCAUAG